CACAACGUCAAUCGAAGCAAACGAGCGGAGGGGGAGCGCCGAGCCACUUCCCGGUUCCGGUUCCGGCCCCGUGACGUCACCACGCCUCUGACGGGUUCGGGCUCGGGAUUGCGGCGGAGCCCGCGUCGCUCGUCGCUCGUCGCUCGCCGCUCGCCAUGGAGGAGGUUCUGCGGAGGCUCCACAAAGACGCCGCCGGCCACAAGCACAAAAGCCUCCGCGACGCCUGCGUGCUGGCGAGCGAAAGUCUCGAGGCCCGCAAUGGAUCAGCCGGGCUGUCGUCAGCAGAACUGCGGGCGCGCUGUCUUCUGCCUCUGCAGAUGGCACUGGAGUCCAAAAACGUCAAACUGGGCCAGACGGCGCUCGGCGGCAUGCAGAAGCUGCUGUGCGAGGACCGCUUUGUGGGCGGGGCCGGCGAGGAGGCGGAGCCCGUGGACAAUCAGCUCGUGAGUCAAGUGCUGGCGGCGGUUCGCGUCACGCCGGCGCUGCACGAGGACCUGCAGGUGGAGGUGAUGAAGGUCCUCCUGUGCGUGACCUACUCGCCCAACUUUGACAUCAACGGCGACUCGGUUCUACGCAUCUCGCAGGUGUGCAUGGAGACGUACGCCCGCAACUGUCGUCAGCGCAGCAUCAACACGGCGGUCCGGGCCACGCUCAGCCAGAUUCUGGGCGAUCUGACGCUGCGGCUGCGACACCGACAGGAGGAAGCGGACGGAGAGGAGCCCGCUGCCCCCCCUCUGCAGGGAAAAGACGUGUCGCCCACCAGCCAGGCGCUGUGCGACGACGUCGUGACGGUCUUGACGUUCUUCUGUGACAAGCUGGAGUCGGUCGACUUUGACGAGCAGCUGCUGCAGCUUCUUUACCUGGAGAGCAUCUUGUCCGUGCUCAGCUCCUGCCCUCCCACAAUGCACCUGUCCAGACGCUUCACCGACCUCGUCUGGAAGCAGCUGUGCCCGUCGCUGGUGGCCAUCAUGGGAAAUCCGCUCAACGACAUCACCGUCGGGUCACACCACGGCCACACGGGGGCGACGGAGGCAGAGCGACUGUGUCCGGGCGCCGCGCAGGAGGCGGAGGCGGUCUCGGACCGCGGCCGGGGCUCGGGCUGCUCCUCCGGCGCCCCCGCCAGGAUCGCGCCGGUGGUGCGUAGCGUGUGCUACGUGGCGGCCGAGCUGGUUCGGCUAGUGAGCUGCGUGGAGUCCAUGAAGCCCGUGCUGCAGUCGCUCUACCACAGGAUCCUGCUCUACCCGCCGCCUCAGCACCGGACCGAGGCCAUACGCAUCACGAAAGAGAUUCUGGGAAGUCCUCAGAGGCUGUUCGACCUGGCCGGGCCGAGCCUCGUCGAGCCCGACGGCAGGAAGCGAUCCUUCUCCAAGAGGAAGUCUUACCUGGACCUGCUGCGACUCGUGAUGGACGGCAUGAUGCAGGCGUGCGCCAAGGGCGGCGUGGAGGCGUGUUACUGGAGCGUGUCGUGUGCGUGUGCGCUGCUGCGCGCGCUGGAGGAGCUGUCGAAGGGGCGGGGCCUCACGCCCGAGCAGGUUCGUCUGUUGGCGGGUCGGCUGGACGAGCUGAAGGACGGCGCCGGGUCGUCUCGCGCGUCCGUGGAGGUGAACGAGGCCGACUUCCUGUGGCAGAGACGCAUCCUGUCCUCCCGGGGGGCCCCCCGGGACGCCUCCCCCUCCGGCGCCACCGUGGAGCGCGGCCCCGACGUCAGCGUUAGCAUUAGCGUCACCGCGGACACGGGCCGCACCGUUUUGGAGGAGGAGGCGCGUCCGCGGCAGGAGGGCGGCGACGGGAAGGAGGCGGUUCCGCCCGAUGUAGUCCAACGGAGCCACGCCCUCCCGUACCCGGACGUCACCAAUUUCCUGUCGGUGGAGUGCAGAAGCAGAACGGCCCAGGUGCCGGCGUCGCGCUACAGCGACAGCAACUUCAGCGUGGAGGAGCAGGACCUGUCUCGGACGGACUUGGACUCGUGCGAGCAGUACUCCAUGGCGGCGGAGAAGGACUCUGGCCGUUCGGACGUGUCUGACGCGGGAUCCGACGACGCGCCCCCGGUCGACGACGACGACGAGCGCAGUCCGUCGGACGCCUUGGCGCGGCGCUCGAUGCGCGCGGCCGCCGCGCUCUCGCUCAAGCUGCUGUGCCACCAGGAGGCCGACCAGCACGGCGCCCGUCUGUUCGUGAGGUCGCUGGCGGCGCUGCUGCCGCAGCUCCUCGCCCUCGACGACGACGCCGCUGCUGCGGAACUCGACCGACGCGUGCAGAACUUCUCGAGCGACUUCUGCUCGAGACUGCAGGCCGGUGGGCUCCCAUCGCCGGGCGUGGGGGCGGGGCUGCCUCUGAGUUGUCAAUCGCUGCUAAACGCCGACGGUGUCUACCUGUUGUCUUUCUACGCUCUGCUGCUCAACCUCAAACUGCGCAACUGCAACUUCUACCAUCAGGGGGCGCCCCCUCCUGCCCUCGGCCUGAAGGAUUUUGUGACUGUGAUCCAGAGCAGCGGCGUCCUGGUGGUCUUGUCUCCGGCGUGGAUCGAGGAGGUCUAUCGUCAGGUUCUGGAGCGAGACCUGCUAGCUCAGGCGGGCUACUGGGCGGCGCCCGACGACAAAGCGGCGCCGCUUAUCGCCGCGCUGACCGAUAUCGACGGUCUGGGCAGCAGCGCCGUCGGCGGUCAGCUGAUGGGAAGGUUCGGCCGACCGGCCCCCUCCCGCGAGCGAGCGACCGGCGACGCCGUCGCGGCGGGCGCCGUAUUCUCCCGCUUCCUCCUGACGGGCGUGUGGAGCGAGCUGACGGAGGUUCUGUCGGCGCCGCUCACGGGCCGCGUGGCGGCCGGCUCCGGAACCUCGCCGCUCUUCGCCAGGGAACAGAGCCAGCGCGAGAGAGACGCCGUUUGUCUCAGCUUGGACGGACUCCGGCAGGCCGCCGCGCUCAGCUGCGCCCUCGGCGUGGCCGCCAACUGCGCGUCGGCCUUGGCCCAAAUGGCCACCGCCUCCUGCGUGCGGGACGAGCGCGACGACGGGGAGGGUCCCGAGGCGGGGGACGCCGUCACGCAAGGUGAUCGCACAGCGAAGCAGCGGCUGGAGCAGAGGUCGCGACCUGCCGGCGUCCGGCUGCACGCCGCCCACGUGCUGUGCAUGGACGCCAUCUUGAACGUGGCUUUGGAGAUGGGCAGCCACAACGGCGACUGCUGGACGCACGUCUUCAGGGUGAGCGAGUACGUCAGUUCUCUGGAGCACGCCCACUUCAGCGACCCGUCGUCUCACGCCUUCGCCCGGCGCCGCCAGCAGGAGGCGCCCCCGGACCCCGACGGCCUGGCCCGAGCCGAAGCGGACGCCCCGGAUGCCGGCCCGCCGCCGACCGUCCGGGAGCUUCUCGCUCAGGACCUGAAAGGCGGAACCCUGUUGACGGGCUCCGGGGCGGCCGAGGCCGUCUGCGCGCUGUCUACGCAGGCCGACAGGUUGUUUGAAGACGCGUGCGUCAAGCUCAACUUGGCCUCCCUGGUGGCCUUCCUGCAGCAGCUCAGGAAAGCGUCACAGCGUCAACUCUUCCACGCCGUCGCCGACACGGGAGAUUAUUCGCUCGCCACGCCGGGAGAAGCCAAGUGGACGUGGGCGCGUCGGAGCUCGCUGCACCUUUUCCGCUUGGGCGAGGCCGCGCUGAGGAUCGUCAGGAACCCCGACAGGCCGCUGCUGCACAAGAUGCGGGCCUGGAGCGUGGUGGCGCCGCACCUGGUGGAGGCGGCGUGCCACAAGGAGCGUCACGUGUCGCAGAAGGCGGUCUCCUUCAUCCACGACGUCCUGACGGAGGUUCUGAGCGGCUGGACCGAGCCUCCCCACUUCCGCUUCAACGAGGCGCUCUUCCGACCUUUCGAGCACAUCAUGCAGCUGGAACUGUGCGACGACGACGUCCAGGACCAGGUGGUGACGUCCAUCGGCGAACUGGUGGAGAUGUGUUCUCCUCGCAUCCUCUCCGGCUGGCGUCCGCUCUUCAGCGCCCUCAGGACGGCGCACGGCGGCAAGAUGGAGGCCGGCGACUCCGCGCUGGCGGAAUGCCGCCUGGGCGAGCGUCCCGCGCCCGUCUUUGACGUCUUCGAGGCCUUCAUUGGCACGGACGACAUCCAGGUGUUCGCCAACGCCGCCACGGACUACAUCAUGUGCCUCAUGAAGUUCGUCAAAGGCUUAGGCGAGGCGGAUUUCAAGGAGACGAGCGACUGCGCGACGGCGGCGUCCCGCGAAUCCGUCGACCUCUGCCGGCCGGCGCUGGGCUACCUGCGCAGAUGCUCUCAGCUGCUGGCCAACAUCUACAAGAUGCCAUCCAAGCCCGUCUUCCAGGGGGGGCGGCUCGCCAGCCUGCCCGUGCGGUCGCGCGAGCUCUCGGCGGCCGGCGAGGACGCGCUGGACGGCGUCCUGCGGGACCUUGACGACGACACGGGCCUGAUCCAGGUGUGGAUUCUUCUUCUGGAGCAGCUGGCGACCGCCGUGUCCGACUGCCCCCGCCGACAUCAGCCGCCCACCCUGGACUUGCUCUUCCUGCUCCUGCGAGAGAUCGCCGUCGUGCCAGGUCCGGGCUUCGCAAUCUUCGCCGUGGUGCGGCUGCUGCUUCCCGUCAUGUCGCUGUGGCUGCAGCGGAGCCACGGCGACCACGCCUACUGGGACGCCGCCGCCGCCGCCAACUUCAAACAUGCCGUCGGGCUCUGCUGCGAGCUGGUGGUGGAGCACGUCGACACCUUCAUGCGCGCAGAUGGAGCCUGCGAGUUUUGGAUGGACGCCAUGUUGAAGGAGCUCUUCGGGCUGUUGGUGUCGUGCGUGUCGCAACCGGCCGAGGCGGUCUCCAGAGUGGGCUGCUCCUGCAUCAGGUCGCACGCUCACACACAAGCGAACGGAAAACCCGUCCUUCCUUUGGCGUUGACGCGGCGUUGGCGUGUCGGCCGCAGGUACGUGCUGGUGUCGGGGGGUCCGGUCUUCACCGAGGAAAUGUGGAGGUUGGCCUGUUGUGCCCUGCGGGACGCCUUCUCUGCUACCUUGCAGCCUGUCAAGAAGCUGGUGUCGUGUUUCCAGAGCGGUUCCGACAGUUUCUGCGGCGACGCCUGCGAAGUGAAGGUGGCCGCCCCCUCCCCGUCGGCGUCGGCCGAGGCCGAGUCCUGGCGGAUCCGAGCCAUGGCGCAGCAGGUGUUCACGUUGGACAGUCAGCGUCCCCCGAAGACGCCCAACCCAAAGGACGGUUUGGAGCUGGCCCCGUCGUGUCUUCUGAUCAUGGAGCCGCCGCACGAGCGCCAAGCACGCAGCAGCUACAGACGCAAGCGCGCUCGCUCGCUCGCUCCCGCGUACUCGCUCACGGUGUGGUCUGCUUGCGCCGGGCGGGGGUCCGCCAGGAUUCCGUUCCGCAACGUGGUGGUCAGCCUGCUGUCGCAUCAGGUUCUCCUCCAGAACCUCUCGCACAUCCUACUGGAGGAGUUUGUCAAGCAGCCGGACAGCCAGGGGAAGGCGACGCCCGUGACCUCUGAACCGGCGCGUCCGGCGGCGGGUUUCCUGCGCUACGUGUCCACGGCCAACCUGUCAAUCAUCCUGGACCUGCUGCUGGACUCGUACAGGACGGCGUGCGACUUCGACACGCGUCCGGGUCUGAAGUACCUGCUGAUGAAGGUGUCGGGCGUCCGCGCGGCGGCCAAUUUGUACCGCCAGGCGGCCGUGAGCUUCGACCUUUACGCGCAGGCGCUGCUCGGCGCCAUCUCGGCUCAGGCCGACGCCGUGACGGCCCAGCAGGUCAAGAAGAUCCUCGGCGAGGAAGACGACGGGAGCUCGGACUCUUCCGGUCCCGGAUCGGCGUCUUCGGAGGACGAAGACAUCUUUGAGGAGACGGCGCAGGUGGCGCCGUUUUCUUUUUGCUUUUCGGGGUCGCGUCAAAGCAAAAGUGCAAUUUGCAAGGAGAAGAGAGAAGAAGCGCCCGUUCGGGUCUCAGAUGGGGAACUAACGCGCCUCCCGUACCCCAACGCGCACGCAGGUGAGCCCGCCCCGCGCUCGCGACAAGCGCCACCAGUGGCGAGCGGCGGCAGCGGCGUCCCUGAGCGCCGGGCCGGACUGGGCGUGGCUGGUGAUGCGUCUUCACAAGUUGAGCGCGGACGUGUGCGCCGCCUACGUCCAGAUGCAUCGAGACCUGGAGGAGGAGGAGGAGGCCGGCGCGACGCCCCCUCGGGGAGGAGACCGCCGCGCCCUCUUCCUGCCGCUCUCGCCGUCACACUCGUCCGCGGCCGCGUCGGCGGGGGGCCGCACGCCCUCGGAAGAAGGCGGGGUCGCGGGUCGCCGGGCCCGUGGCGGCGCGUCGUCGUCGUCGGAGGACACGCCCGCCCAGAGUCCCGGAUUCAGCUGCGCAGGAAGCCUCCCUCCCAGCUUCCGGGCCGGCGGGAAGGACUGGUGGGAGAGCGCCGGCAACAAGCUGGUCUCCAUGGCGACCGAAAGGAGCCUGGGGAAGCUGGUGAGCCAAUACAAACGCAGGAAGCGGCAGCAGGACGGCAGACGCCACCCGCGCGAGCAGCAGAGCCCGCCCGCCCUCAGACACUCGCACAGCGCCGGCGCCGAGGUCCUCCGGUCCAGAUCGGGCUCGGCCGUCGGCUCCCACGGGAACGUCGCCACGGCGGACGCGCACGCGCAGAUCCAGGCGUGGAGCAGCAUGGUGGCGACGCUGCUGAAUGGAGUCCUGCUCCUCCCGGACCGGACCUUCCUGUCUCUUCAGCCGGCGCUCUACCCGAGCCUGUGCCAGCUGAGCUGCCACGUCGGCGACGCCCGCGUGCGCCAGGCCCUGCGCGAUUGGCUGGCUCGCGUGGGAAGGCUGUACGACAUCGUGGCGUGACUCCGACGUCUGGCGUGAUGCGCUCGUGGCUUGUUUGUCGAUAUUGAUUGUUCGCCGUCACUUCCUGUAUCCCAAGUCCUAUUUCUGGGUUUUCGCCUUGUUUCCGCUAUUAAAUGUCCUGCGACGAGCGGCUCCCUGUCUGA